GUUUGUAGCCGCUCAGCUUCGCGGCUCGUCGCUUCUCCGGACAGCUCGCAACAGGUUUUUAUUUUUCCUCCAGGACCUCCACACGAUGUCCGACCCGUUCGACAGAAACGGCCUUCAGGACUACGACGGCUUGGAGGAUGAAGCCUUCCCUGCACUCCCACCGCCUCACUCUCCGGGUCAGGGUGGACACGAUGAGGGAAACCCUUUUUCAAAUGAGGACGAAGACGGAGACGUGUCCAAGCUGGCCGAUGUCCCUGCUGCUAAGAGGAAAGGAGUGAAGAGGCCUCAACCCAAACUGGACUCCAACAGGCUGAUCUCAGACAGAGGACUUCCUGCUCUGCGGACACUGUUUGACGACGUCCGUUACAAAGGCAAAGGUCACGAGGCCGAGGACCUCCGUCUGCUGAUGGGGAAGAUGGAGAACUGGGCUCACCGGCUGUUUCCCAAACUACAGUUUGAAGACUUCAUGGACAGAGUGGAGAAGCUCGGCACCAAGAAGGAAGUGCAGACCUGCCUCAAACGGAUACGACUCGACAUGCCGCUGACACACGAAGAUUACGUGGAGAACGACGGCGAAGAGGUCGCUCCAGAACCGAACGUCUUCAGGGAUCCAGAUCCAUUUAACAGAUCCAUCUUCCCUGGUGACCUCCAAAGGCCGGUCCACUCGACCCCGGCUCCGGUUGCUCCACCUUCCCCCUCUCCUGUUUUCCCCUCCCCUGCUGCUCCCUCCCUGACGGAGGAGCAGCGUCAGCGCAUGGAGCUGAACAGACGGCGAGCGCUGGAGAGGAAGCUCGCCCGCCAGCAGCAGCAGACAGACUCUCAGACGUCAGCAGCAGAUGAACCCACAUCUGUCUCCUCUGCAAACGUCCUGGAUGAGUCUAAAGAUCAGGACUCGAAGGUGGAGGAGGUGGUGGAGGAUUUAGACCUGGAGCCAGCCAGCAGCAGCACUCAACAGGAGCCCAGCCAGCUUCCACACAAAGACUCUGAACCUCCUGCUGGAUCUCCUCAGGGUGAGGAAGAACCCAGCAGCCACAGCCCGGUCCAUCAGCCGAGCAACGAGUGUGAGGACGAAGACUGAUGAGCAGUCGAGUUAAACAUCUUGACGACUGUGAAACUUUGUUUCUGUGCGUUCAUGUGAAACCUCCUCCACCUGUUCAUCCACCAGACUGUCUGUUAAUAUAUUAUUCAUAAAUGUUUGAAGCGUCCUCUGGGUUAUCGUCCAGAUUAAACGUCUUUGUCUCCUGUUGGAGGUGUCGCCUUAACGUCGACGCCCUGCGUUCAUGUAGAAACAUUAAAACUUGUUUUCUGUGAAGCUGAGUGUGAUCACUGCAGUUUGUUCUUAAACAAUAAACCGUACAAAUGAAA